AUGAGGAGUCUAUUGAUCAGGGCAUUCCCUGCCCGGCCGACCACCAUCACCACCCUCCUCCCCUCCCGAGCAACCCUCCCCUCCAUCGUCCGCCUCUCCUCGACAACCAGCACACCUUCACCAGCAACGACCACGGCACAAGAAGACCCAUCCACCACCACCACCACCAGCACCACCACCACAAUAACCCGCAACCCCCCCUCGACCCCGACGCCCGCCCCAUCCCACACGAGACCCUACCUCAUCAACCUCUCCGCCUCGAACAACUACCCCGUCUACCCCCGCACCAAAGCCGCCGGCCAGUCCAAGUUCACCGUCAUCAAGCACGUCGAGGGCGACAAGCGCGCCUUCGUCCAGGACCUGUGCGAGGAGACCGGCCUGUCGCGGGACCAUGUCGUGCUGCAGCCCGUCACGGGGCACGUCCAGGUCAAGGGCUUGCAUGUCGAUAAACUGAAGAAAUGGCUCGUUGAUUCGUUUGGCGAUCCGCACAAGGCCAAGGUGCCUGUUGAUGCUAUCGCUCCGUGA